AGUACUUAGAGAGGAGACGCAUCAUCUGUGCAGUGGUGAAAACAUCUCCUUGCAGCGCAGCACCAAAAAACUGUUUCUGAAACUUGUUCUUUGACGAUGUGGAUUUACAAGCUCGUUGUCGGACUGCUCAUCCUUUCUUACUCGGAGGAGAGGAGAAAUCCACUUCAGGACUACCAGAAGAGUGAUGGCAUACGAUUGGUUGCUUCUUCUGGUUCAUCUCACCCAACCAAGAACAGGAAGGUGAGCCUGGUCAAGUGCGCCAGAACCUGCAGCCGCAACAAGAGACUCCCCUUCACCUGCAGGGCUUUUGUCUAUGACGUUAUGAACAGAAAAUGCCAGUGGCUGUCAUUUGACAAGAACACUGUAGGAGUCCAGAUCCAACAAGAUUUUAACUACCGACUCUAUCAGAAGAAAGACUAUGUCAGAGAGUGCAUUGUGGGUACAGGUCAAAGCUACAGGGGUCGGAGGUCAGUGACAGUGAGUGGAAUCGUGUGCCAGUCUUGGGCCUCUCCUAUUCCGCAUGAACACAAGUUCAUGUCUAAGAAGUAUAGCAAGAAGGACUUGAGAGAAAAUUACUGCCGCAACCCUGACAACGCCACUGUGGGGCCGUGGUGCUUUACCACAGACCCCCAGCCACACCUCAGACACCAGGAGUGUGGCAUCCCACAGUGCUCACAGGUUGAGUGUAUGACCUGUAAUGGGGAAGACUACAGAGGACCUAUGGACCACACAGAGAGUGGACGGGAAUGCCAGCGUUGGGACCUGGACGAACCACACAAACACCUGUACCACCCCACGAGAUAUUCCGGCAAAGGCCUUGAUGAUAACUACUGUAGGAAUCCGGACGGACGUCACAGACCUUGGUGUUUUACCGCAGACCCACACACUCCGUGGGAGUACUGCGACAUCAAAGUGUGCGAAAUAGCUCCGAAAACUAACAAGGAAGAAACAACUGAAUGCUAUGAGGGGAAUGGAGAGGGGUAUAGAGGGACAGUAGGAAUGACACCUACUGGACUCAGUUGUCAACAUUGGGACUCACAGUACCCUCACAAUCACACAUUCAUCCCUCAAAUCUACCAAUGCAAGGACCUGAAAGAGAACUACUGCCGGAAUCCAGAUGGCCAAGAUCUCCCCUGGUGCUUCACCAACGACCCAAGAGUCCGCAUAAUGUUCUGCACUAAUAUCCCUCAGUGUGGUGCGAAGAAUAAGCCUACAGAUGAUUGCUAUGAAGGUUUUGGAGAAGAUUACCAAGGACAGCGGUCAAGGACACGAUCAAAUCUACCCUGUGCUCCAUGGAGCGACCACAGCAACAGUGGAGAGAGAGGAGUGACAAUUGCUGGCCUCGAGGGAAACUACUGCAGAAACCCUGACAAAGACAUUCACGGCCUCUGGUGUCACACCAACAACUCUGCAAUACCCUGGGACUACUGCAACAUAAAACGAUGUGAUGCUUCGCAGAACAUCAUUCCACAGGGUGAGCAAUCGUCUGCGGUGUGUUUUGUCCAUAAGAGGCCGAGGAUAGUCGGAGGAGGUCCAGUGAGUGCAUCAGAUGGCAGCUGGAUGGUCAGCAUACAGAAAGGGUCAGUGCACUGGUGCGGGGGUUCUCUAAUACGGGAGGAGUGGGUGCUAACUGACAGACAGUGCUUCUCCUCGUGCGUUCCAGAGCUCAGUGAGUACCGGGUGUGGCUUGGCGUCUCUGAUAUUCGAGAAGGAUCACCCGACUGGUCCAGCGGACAAGAGGUCCGCAUCGCUCAUGUGAUAUGUGGCCCAGAGGGCUCCAGUUUAGCCCUUAUAAGGCUGUCUGAACCAGCCCAUCCUGUUGGCAAUGUCCACACGAUCCAGCUACCUGUUGCUGGGUGCUCCAUCCCAGAAGGAACAAUAUGUAAAAUGUAUGGCUGGGGAGAGACCAAAGGUACUGGCUAUGAUGAUCAACUUAAAGUUGUCAACCUGCCUAUUGUCAGCAACGAGAAGUGUCGUGAGAUGCAUCGUGGCAGCCUCCACAUCACCAACACUAAGAUCUGUGCAGGAGGCAAGAGGGAUGAAGGCGUGUGUGAGAGGGAUUAUGGAGGACCCCUCGUCUGUCAGGAUGGUGACAGCAGGGUUAUUGUUGGAGUGAGCAUCCACGGCAGGGGCUGUGCUCGAGCCAACCAGCCUGGCAUCUUUAUCAAUGUGCCCUUCUACACACAGUGGAUUCACAAGGUCUUCAAAUAUUAUCCUGAGAUCUAGAAACUGAACUGCAACAGCAAAGCAAACCUGGAGGCUCUUCUUCAGGCUCUUCUUCUCAAUCUUCACAAUACCUAACCUAUCGAUUGAUAAUAUACUGAUGCACUCUUAAUGGAAGAACAAAGGGAAGGUUUAAACACACUGGGC